AUGGAGAACUCUCAUGGAAUAAAAUUUUUAGGCUUGUCUUAUAAUGGCUCCUUGCCAGUAAAAAAAACUGAAAAUUUUUGAGUCCAACCUGCUAGAAUUUCAAUUCAACUUAACAAGCCUUUAUUGAUUAGUAAUAGCCUUGCGCAUAGAUCAUCAAAAAAGCCAUCUCCUUUUGCUUGCAGAUGAAAGCCUGAAAAAUCAGCAAGCAAAAUGUUUUUGAGGUAUAAAUUUUCAAAGCUAACUGAAUUCAACUCUAAUGAAAGUUUAUUUUCAAGCAUAUGCAAUCAUAAAAAGUCUAAAAAACGAGAAAAUGCUAAACAAAAUAUAAAUUUCAGUAAAAAACUCUCAAUAUCCCCAAAAAUUUGCUUUGGGUUGACUAAGAUGAAAAAAAUAGCAAAUCCAAAUUUAACGUUAGGGCACAGAAGGGAAAAUAAUGAAGAGACAAACUCAACUAAAAUUUCAUUGAGUCGAUCUGCACUGAAAAGAAGCCUAUCUUUGAAAAAUUGCAUUUCAAGCAGUUUUAAUGAUACAAAAACCUUUGAGACAACAGCUUCUGAAAGCUAUACACCAUGAUUUAUCAAGUAUCCAUACAUUUCUCCAAUUCAUAAAAGCUAA